AUGGUUGGAGAACAUAUAGACGACAUCUUUUCCAAGCUGCUCCAAGAGCGCAUUGUCUGCCUUAAUGGCGCGAUCGACGAUACCGUUUCCGCAUCGAUAGUGGCACAGCUCUUGUGGCUCGAGUCCGAUAGCCCCGACAAGGCGAUUACGAUGUACAUCAACUCUCCAGGAGGCUCCGUAUCAUCAGGGCUGGCCAUCUACGACACAAUGACAUACAUCAAGUCACCAGUAUCAACAGUCUGCCUCGGCGCCGCCUCCUCCAUGGCAGCGCUGCUCCUGACGGGAGGCGAGGCCGGCAAGAGGUACGCGCUGCCGCACAGCUCCGUCAUGAUCCACCAGCCGCUGGGCGGGACGCAGGGCCAGGCGUCGGACAUUCUCAUCUACGCGAACCAGAUCCAGCGCAUCCGCAAGCAGAUCAACGAGAUCAUGAAGCGCCACAUCAACAAGUCGUUUGGGCACGACAAGUACAGCUUGGAGGAGAUCCACGACUUGAUGGAGCGUGAUAACUACCUGUCGGCGGAGGAGGCCAAGAGCAUGGGCGUGAUUGACGAGAUUUUGACGCGGAGGGAGGAGAAGGACCUCAAGGAGAAGGAUUCGACCGAGGAGCAUAAGACGAAGCCCUGA